AUGAUUGACGCCGCGAGUGUUGUUAUCCUGAUUAUCGGCUUGAUUGUCGCUCGUCUUGUUACGAAUAGGUUCCGUCUGUCUGGAAUUCCUGGCCCCUCGCUGGCAGCCUACACUCGACUGUGGAAGCUGUACAAUGCGUGGAAGGGCGACCACCAUCACACGGAGAUUGCCCUUCACCGGAAAUAUGGCUCUUUGGUACGCAUCGGGCCUAGACAUAUCUCAGUGAGCGAUCCUAAGGCCAUCCCCAUAAUCUAUGGCGUCAAUAAAGGCUUUACCAAGACGGCUUUUUACCCAAUUCAAUCCAUAUCAUGGGAUAAGAAGCCUCAAAUGAACCUCUUCUCCACGCGAGAUGAGCUUUUCCAUCGUGAUCGGAAGCGCCCCAUCGCCAGCGCGUACAGCAUGACCUCUAUCCUCGAAAUGGAGCCUGCCGUCGACUCAUACACCGAGCUUUUUCUGUCUCAGAUCCGCAAGAUGGUGGAAGAAAAGGCGCCAAUUGACCUCGGAAUGUGGCUGCAAUACUACGCGUUCGACGUUGUGGGCGAACUGUCUUUUGCCCAGAAGUUAGGGUUCUUAGAGAAAGGCGAGGAUGUAGACAACAUGAUUGAGGCAAUCCGGGGAAUGCUUACAUAUGCCAUGAUAUGCGGCCAGAUCCCGGAGGCUCACAAAGUUCUUCUCGGGAACCCUCUCUUCCCCAUUUUGCUCCCUCAAAUGGAGACAUGGGACCAGGUGGUCGUAUUCACCCUGAAGGCAAUCAAUCGGCGCGCCUCCUUGCAGCGCGAUGGUGAUCUAGGAAAGGACGAGAUAGACGAAGCCAUUGGCGGGAAGGAUAUGAUGUCUCGGUGGCUGGCAAUCCAUAACGCUGACCCGACCCGGCUAUCGACAAGAGACCUUAUGGUCCACCUAUCGGCAAAUGUCUUUGCCGGAUCCGAUACAACUGCAAUCGCUCUUCGCUCGAUUCUCUAUCAUCUCAUCUGCCAUCCGGACAAAAUGGCAAAGGUGCGAGCAGAGAUCGACACAGCAGACCAAGAGGGGAAACUCAGUAAUCCGAUCUCCUACCAGGAAUCAAACACCCAUCUUCCGUACUUCGGUGCAGUCAUGAAAGAGGCGAUGCGGUUGCAUCCAUCUGUUGGAGGGAACCUCGAGCGUCAUGUACCGCCACAAGGCGUCACUAUUUGCGGUCAUUAUAUCCCAGGCGGUACAAAUGUUGGUAUCAACCCCUGGGUUGUUCACCGAGAUCCGAUUGUCUUUCCUCAGCCGGACUCCUUCAUCCCCGAGCGAUGGCUGGACAGCACUCCAGAGCAGCUGAAGGAAAUGGAGAAAGCCUUUUUGAACUUCGGUGCAGGCUCGCGAUCGUGUAUCGGAAAGGCAAUCUCCCUGAUGGAGAUGCGGAAGAUUCUCCCUCAGCUACUGCGCGAGUUCGAUAUCCACUUGCAUCAGAACAAGUCAUGGAAGACGAGAAAUGUAUGGUUUGUGCAGCAGGAGGAGUUCAUAUGCGACUUGACACCAAGGGUGCGUUCGUGA